UGAAGGGCAGCCGCUGAGCCGGGGCUUUGGGGGACAGGCUGGGGUAUCCGGGUCGCCAGGACUUCUUGCGGCAGGGGCGGGGGGAGAAAAGGGUGCUUGCGGGGCAAGGACAGGAGCCCCCUCCCCCCGGAAGCGGAGUGGUGCCGCAGAGGCAGGACUGCGGGCGUGGGACCGGUGGUGUCCUUGGGAGUCCUCCAGCCCCGAAAGGGGGGUGGGGCAGCGCGGCCAGGUAGGGGAGCCCAGCCAGCGCUGGCCACCCGGAGAAAGAGGGCAGGUCCGAAUGUCUGAGCAGAACAGCACCCAGGAUGGCGAUGGGGAGGCCCAGCCCAGCCUGUCUAUGCCCUUCUUGUUGGUGCUGGUCUUCUUCGGCAUGGGCCUGGUGGGGUUCCUCAUCUGCCACGUCCUCAAGAAGAAAGGCUACCGCUGCCGGACCUUCCGCGAUGAGUUCGACUCGGACAACAAGGAGCCGUUGGCAGAGCUACAGAAUGAGGAGGACGAGGAGAUGAAUGAGGACACUGUGGAGAAGAUAGUGAAGUGCAUCAUUCAGAACGAAGCAAAUGUGGAGGUCCUGAAGGAGAUGCUGGGGGAAGGCGACACUGAGCUGGCAGUGCCCCCGCCACUCCCCAUACCCAGCCUAUGUCCCCAUCGCAACAGCCAAGAUGGUGGCGUGCCCCAUCAUCACACGGUGCACCUGGGUUCUACACAAGCCCCGUGCAUACACUGCAGUCGGAAGAAGAGGCAUACACUGCAUCGCCAGAGCCGGUCCAAGGAGGGAAAAAGCAAGAUGCACCCCGGAGAGACCACCGUCUUCUCUGUUGGCAGAUUCCAUGUCACCCACAUUGAGAAGAAACCUGCUUCCCAUGGCUCAAAGGAAAAGUCCCUUCCUGAUAGCAGCCAAGACCUUGGCUCUGGUGAUUUGGACCGUGAGACUCGGGAGGAGUCUCAGAAUGGACUAGUUCCCAUGGAUCAUCUUCAGCAUGGAAGAUUCCAGGAGGCAGCCGGUGCUCAGAGUGAUAGAGAACCAAAGGAUGCCUGUAAAGAUGAGUCCGCUACAGGAGAGAGUCUCUUGAACGUAACAACCAAUUUAGAUGUUCCCAAGAAUGGACUGGAGAGGAUAAAGCGCUCUAAGACAGGGUCAUUGCAAGAGGUAGACCUCCUAGGUACUGCCACAAACAACACACGUGACCCAAAGUUUUUGUGUCCUGCAGAGAUGUUUGGCUCAGAAGAUCUGGGUGAGACGGAGCGGCUGGCUAAGCAACCUCAUCCCUCGGAGAAUGAGGGUGUUCACAAGGCAGCUAAGGACAUAUCAGGAAAUGAAAAAAUUCAAAUUCUUCAAGGAAGAUCUAAUAUUGAUCUAUCUGGAAAUGAGAUCAAUAGAACACAAGAGCAACAGGAGCAGAGCUCAACGGCGUCAGACCCAGGAGUAUCUGUGUGACACUGCAGCUGCUCCAGGUUAAGGCAGUACCAAGCAGAGAGGUGCGGUGGGAGUCUCCUCCCGGCUCCCCAGAACGAAACCGCUGGAGCCGCAGAAGGCAACAUAAGAGCACAGCCUGGCUCACCAGAGCUGCAGGGCGCUUGGCAUCACCACGGUGGCGCGUGGAUGCGUCCCUUCGAGAAAAAAAAACCCCUUGUCGAGAGCCUCAUCCUCUCUCAUUGCCCCAGCAGGACUGGAACACCCAGCUCCCCCAUACAGCCUGGCCGAGGCUCACGUCAGCACGACACAGGGUGCUAGGAAGUAUGCCAGGUGCAGAAAGUCUCAUCUCCUGGCACAGGGAAGCAGCGCCCGCUCCUCACUGCCACCACCAUUCCGUCUCUUCCAGCCAACCACCCGUUCACUUUAGGACAGUCCUGCGACCCCUGGGCCCUGUGGGGUAGUUCACUGUUUGGUGUGCUCCCUCUGGGAAGCGGAGCUGUCCCAUACUGCCAUUUCCACCACAUUCUCCUGCAUGCCAGCCAGGCUGAGCAAACUAUUCUGCAUUAGACACACAGCUCUUGCUUAGAGAAGUCAGUCAGUGCGGGCGGAGUGAGAACAUAAGAACUAGCCAGCUGGAUCAGACCAGAGUCCAUCUAGUCCAGCACUCUGCUACUCACAGUGGCCCACCAGGUGCCUUUGGGAGCUCAUGUGCAGGAUGUGAAAGCAAUGGCCU